AUGGAAGGGACCCUGGCCGUGGAAUCGCAGACUGCGGCCGCAAAACGCCUGUACGCCGCGCGUGCGGCGAAUUACGACGAUUCCUGGCACCCGGCCUUCGCCCGCGAUUUCGUCGACCAGCUGCCGCUCUUCGCCGGCGCCAAGGUGCUCGACCUGGCCUGCGGGACCGGCCUUCUGACCUUCCUCGCCGCCGAGCGCGUGGGGCCGACGGGCUCCGUGACCGGCGUCGACAUUAGCGACGGCAUGCUAGCAGUGGCGCGCCAGAAGCUGGAGACCGGCGCCGCCCCCGUCCGCCCGAGCAAAAAGGACCGGGAGGAAGACCUGCUGCUCAGCGUCACCGACGACGAUCGUGACGAAGAGCCUGCGGAGGACCAGCCCGAGCGCUGGAAGCACGUGCGCCUGUUCGAGCACAGCGUCACCGAGCUGGACUCGCUGGAGGGCUUGGAGAAGGAAAAGGGCACUUUUGAUUUCAUCACAAUGGCCUCGGCCCUCGUCCUGCUGCCCGACCCGGAGAUAGCAAUACAAGGCUGGAUCCCGUACCUCAAGCCCGGCGGCAUCCUGGCCAUUGACGUGCCGCAUCCGCAGAACCAGCUCGCCGGCAUGAUCCUUGAGCGCGUCGGCCGCCGCAUGAGCGUGUCGGUGCCGUAUCAUCGCAGCUGGGUUCUAGACGAGCAUUCUCUGCCCGACUUGCUCAGAGCCACGGCAGGGAUGGAGAUCCUCGACAACAAGUUCAUCAACCAGGUCGGCUACAAGGAGCGCUACCUGCCCUCGGACGCCAAGGAGACGGAGCAGCAGUUCGCCAGCAUGAUCAGCAGCGAGGCCGGCAAGGGCUUCGGUCGGAACCGUGGGCCCAAGUGGGAGGAGGCACGCAUCACGUUCUGCGACGAGUGGAUGCUGGAGGCCGCCAGGUCCGACGUGCCGUACGGAGUCAAGGAGGUCGAUGGCGUGUGGCUUACGCUUGCUCGCAAGCCGCCCAUCGCCGGAUCCUGCCGCUGCGGCGAGGUAAGCUACACGGUUAGCAACCGCCAUCCGAAGGAGUCGAGCAUGUGCCACUGCUGCACUUGCCAGAAGCUCGGUAGCGGCGGAGCGAUGGCGUGUAUCUGCUUCGACGAAAAGGAUGUCACGUGGCUGGAGGAUUCGGAAAGGGUGCUGCGGCUGACAAAAUUCUCCCGGACUGCGGUCAGGGCCUUCUGCGAGAAGUGCGGGACUCCGGUGUGGAUGCGGUACAGGAAAUUUGCGGACGGGCCGUUCGAGGAGGAGUACUGGCUCUUUCUGAGCACAGUGGACGAUGGACUUGCACCGGAUUUCAAGAUCGCGAGGCACAUAUUCCUGGAUGAGAAGCCGGCCUGGGAAAAGUUGCCGGAAGACGGCGCGGAAAGGUGGAGAACAAGGGCGGGUGGGGAGAAGUGGGAGGAGGUGUGA